AUGUUGAAUGAUACGAAUAGUAGCAGUGGCACCACCACGGAUGCAGACAACGAAAGCAGCAGCUUCACUGUCAAGAACAGUGCCAAAGAAAGCAGCAGCAAGCAGAAAGAAAUUGACGAAUUGUACAGAGUCAUUGAACAGAAAGUGUUCGGUCGAGACAAGGACCGUGCGGAUAUAAUUAGGAUGCUUCGUGAGGGACCAGAUACCUAUGCAGCAAGCUCCAGCACCAGUAAACCUUACUCUGUGAUUGGCAUAUAUGGCAUUACAGGUUCUGGGAAGAGUACCCUGGCACAAUAUGUUUGUGACUAUGAGAAGAAGGAAGGACAUUUCGACCCUGUCAUGUUCGUUCUUGUGGGGAAGACAUUCAGCGUGGGUAAUAUAUUUCGUGAUAUGCUUGAGCAGAUCACGCAGAGCCGGCCCUCUAAAGACAAUGAUCUUAAAAGUCUAAAAGAAGAGUUGAACAAAGAGCUGAAAGACAAAUGCUUCUUGUUAGUACUGGAUGAUGUCUGGGUCAACAGUGACAAUAUGAAGGAACGUCGGAUUCUACUUGAGGUGCUUCUUGUUGGGCAGAGUGGAAGCCGAAUCCUGGUGACAGCUCAAAAAACAAAUGCAGCUGCAGCUUUAGGUGCUCAGGAGAAAAUGCAAAUCCCAAUACCUGAUUUAGAGGAGGAGCAGUACCUCUCAAUGUUCAUGCACUAUGCCCUAGAAGACAGUCAAGUCACAAGGAAUGAGUAUGAAAGAUAUAAAGCCAUCGGGAGAAAAAUUACAAAAAAGCUUCGUAGAUCACCCAUUGCAGCAAUAACAGUGGCAACACGGCUUAAGAGCGAAAGCAGAAUUGAUUUCUGGGAAAGAACAUCAAACCUUGAUGUGUUGGAUGAAACAAUGGGAGCUCUUUGGUGGAGCUAUCAGCAGCUUGGUGUUGACAUCAGGCGAUGCUUUACAUACUGCAGCAUUUUCCCCAAAGCAUAUAUAUUAGGACGGGAUGAGAUUGUUGACCUGUGGAUAGCACAAGGGUUUGUAAACACCAGGAGUAACGGAACAGAGGAACUGGAAGAUAUAGGACAGAGCUACUUUGAUGAAUUACAGACAUUCUCAUUUCUGCAAGUACGACGAAGAAGAACCAUUUUGGGCAAGGAGGCAGUGGAUUUCACAAUUCAUGACCUGCUACAUGAGUUGGCAGAGAGGGUUUCUGGUAGUGAGUUCUAUAGAAUUGUUUCGAAUGGCUCACCAAAAGAAAUCCCGCGAGGGGUUCAUCAUCUCUUCAUUGAGACCAACAAUGGAUCAGAGAUUGUUGAGAAAAUUUUGGACAUGGGAAAUUUGCGCACCCUUAUCAUUCAGGAGCCUAGGGACACCAUGGAAAAAUAUCAUGACUCGGUAAAAGUCAUGGAUCGUUUAUUCAUGAGUCUGAGGAAACUGCGGGUGCUGAUUGUUAUGCUACAGCAUUGUAGAAACGAGUUGUCAGUCCCAGUAUCUAUUUAUCAGAUGAAGCAUCUACGUUAUCUCCGUCUUGAUUUCUUUGUUCGCCAUCUGAUUUUACCAAGCACAUUUAGCAAGCUUUACCAUAUCCAGAACAUAGAUAUUCCUUGCUUCAGAGCAUACUCUCCUGAAAAUAUGUCUAAUCUAAUCUAUUUGCGGCACAUCUCAGCUUCGCUUUCUUUCCCCAACAUUGGAAGGCUGACGUCACUCCAGACAAUGAGAAGCUUCUUAGUGAAGGAGGAGGCACAAGGGUAUGAAUUGAAGCAGCUGAUGCAUCUGAACAAACUUCGAGGCUCUCUAAUUAUAUGGGGGCUUCAGGCUGUCGGAAGCAAAGAGGAAGCUCUUGAAGCCCACCUAUGCAACAAGAAGCGACUCAGAGAACUGGAACUGAAUUUCGACUUGGAUAAGUGUUUUGGUCCAGACGUGGAAGCAGAGGUACUUGAGGGCCUUUGUCCCCCAAAGGAUCUUCAAGAGCUCAAAAUCUUGUUCUACAACGGUUCAAGGUAUCCUAGUUGGGUGUUGAGUGGCCACCAUCCAGAUGCCCCAAAGCACCUGCACAAACUUGAACUCUACAAGUGCAGCCAGCUGGCAGCUAUUCCUGAAGAUAGUGAACUCUUCAAUGGUCUGCGUGAGCUUCGCAUUUACUAUUGUGACUGGGACUGGUUGCCGGAAAAUAUGGAGUACCUCGUGUCGCUCCAGUCACUGUGGAUUUGGAACUGCCAUAAGAUAGAGCUUCUUCCGACGCUGCCCCAGCAGGCUCUUAAGAGGAUUGAUAUCCAUUUGUGUCCCGUGCUCAGUAGAACCUGCAAAGAAGUGGGACACCCAAAUCGGAAUAUGAUCAAGCACAUUCCUGAGCAACGCAUUGGGUAA